ACUAGAGAGGGACAGGAGUAGCGUCAUAAUCAGCUAUAGAACUGUAAGCAUCAGUUACAUCAUUACACCUCAGAACUAAGUAGAUCAGAUCAGCAUUUUGGACUUGGACUCAACACCAGUGGAACCAGUCAGUAGUGUGUGUGUGUGUGUGUGUGUGUGUGUGUGUGUGUGUGAGGAAGUCACUGUCCGUCCUGUCGCUUUAAUGGGACCUACAUAAAGCCUCUGUUCUUCACAACAGGUGCUUAAUCUGAGUUUGUGCUGUUCUUCAGGCACUUUCAGCUUUCCGUGUGUAGGGAAAAGGCGGUGUGUAACGGGGGAUUGAGUGUGUACGCUGCGCACAGCUGGAUCUGAAGGUGAGUCGCGCGCGCUGGCAUGGCGUUGCAUAGUGCACAGGCUGCAAGUUGAUCAAGACGGAGAAGAAAAAAGACGUGAAAAAACGUAAAAAAAAAAACACUCGAAGACGAAUCGAAAAGACUUCGCCUGGCUUGGAGAAAAUGGAGAAACGCGAGUGCCUGCUCUUACUAAAAAUCAUCGUUCUGCUCAAAGGAGUUUGUCAAUGUUUUAACAUUGAUGUGAGCCAGCCACGCAUCUUCAGUGGUGCAGAGGACACUCUGUUUGGGUUCUCUGUGCUACAGCACAAAGCUGGGGGAGAGAAACCGACGAUGUUGGUUGGUGCUCCAUGGGAUGGUCCACCUAAAAACAGAAAGGGGGAUGUUUACAAAUGUACAGUAGGAGAGGAGCUGAAUUCCAAUUGCUCAAAAGUGAAUCUAGCUGACAAUGCAUUUCAGAAUGUGUCACGGAAUCUAAAAAACUCUCACUUGGGCAUGACGCUUACACCGGAUAAUCAAAACGGAUUUCUGGCCUGCGCCCCACUUUGGUCUCAGGAGUGUGGCACAUCUCUCUUCAGCACAGGGAUCUGCGCGUCUGUCGACAAUGACCUAGAACCUAAAAUGACCAUCGCCCCCACAGCACAAAGAUGUACCACCUAUAUGGACAUAGUAAUAGUCCUUGAUGGUUCCAACAGUAUCUAUCCUUGGUCUGAAGUGCAGAACUUUCUCAAGAACAUCCUCAGCAAGUUCCACAUCAGCCCAGAGCAGAUGCAGGUGGGCAUACUGCAGUAUGGAGAGAUUGUAGUUCAUGAGUGGUCUCUUAAGGACUAUCAGUCUACAGAGGACGUGGUGGAAGCUGCCAAAAACAUUAAUCGACAGGAAGGGCGAGAGACUCGCACCGCAGAGGCGAUAAAGAUGGCCUGCACAGAGGCAUUCAGUGCCGAAAGAGGAGCCAGAGAUGGAGCCACAAAGGUGAUGAUUGUGGUGACAGAUGGAGAGUCACAUGAUGGUGAUGAGCUUCCUGAUACUCUGGUUGAGUGUGAAAAUCGCAAUAUAACCAGAUACGCUAUUGCUGUUUUGGGUCACUACAUUCGUAGACAGCAAGACCCAGAGACGUUUAUCAAUGAGAUUAAAUCCAUUGCCAGCGAUCCUGAUGAAAAAUACUUUUUUAAUGUCACGGAUGAAGCGGCAUUGAAUGACAUUGUAGAUGCACUUGGAGAUCGGAUUUUUAGUUUGGAAGGGACAUUGGGAUUUAAUCAAAGUACAUUCCUCAUGGAGAUGUCACAAAUUGGCUUCUCAACACACAUUUUAAAUGAUGGGAUCUUGUUUGGCAUGGUGGGAGCCUAUGAUUGGGAGGGAGGGGUUUUGAAGGAGGGUAUUGAUGGAAGCAUUACACCCCCUCGAGAAGCCUUUGAAGAAGAAUUUCCUGUGAAGCUAAAGAAUCAUGCUGCAUACCUAGGUUAUACUGUGUCCUCAGUGACAGUAGGUGAUUGGAAGAGACUCUAUGUAGCUGGGGCACCCAGGUUCAAACACAAAGGAAAGGUCAUUUUGUUUGACCUGAGUCUAGAUGGAGAUGUCAACAUCACACAGGCUAUUGAAGGAGAGCAGAUCGGCUCCUAUUUUGGCAGUGAGGUGUGUGUGGUAGAUGUAGAUCAGGACGGUAUAACAGAUAUUCUCCUGAUUGCGGCCCCUAUGUUCCUGGGAGCAGGAAACAGAGAAACUGGCAAAGUCUAUGUCUACUGUCUAGAUGGGAGUGGUUUUGCACCGAAUGGGACCUUGUAUUCUCAGCAGAAAGCCCAAGAUGCUCGGUUUGGUUAUGCCAUGGCUGUGGCUCCAGACCUCAACUAUGAUGGCUUUUCUGAUCUUCUAGUGGGUGCUCCACUGGAAGAUGAUCACCAGGGUGCGCUUUAUAUUUACCAUGGCGAGGAAUUCUAUAUAAAACCCCAUUACAAGCAGCGUAUCUCUGCCUCCUCUCUCUAUGCAGGCCUGCAGUAUUUUGGCCGCAGUCUGAGUGCUUUGUUGGAUAUGGAUGGAGACAAACUACUGGAUCUGGCUGUUGGAGCUCAUGGCAAUGCCAUCCUCCUCAGGUCUCGCAGCAUAGUGCAGAUCAACAUGAGUCUGUCCUUUCAGCCACAUUCCAUCAAUGUUAUACAAAAGAACUGCCACAAGGGCGGCCGAGAUUCAGCAUGUCUUAAUGCCACCGCCUGCUUCCGAGCCGUGUCCCGUUCCCCAGGCUCACAUGGCACAACUUUUGAUUUGCAAGUGGGAGCCAUGUUGGAUGACAGAAAAUUGUCUGCACGUGCGUUGUUUGAUACUAACUCUCAGAGACAGAUUCUGACAGGAGUCAGAGUCGAAGUAGGAAAGUCUGUAUGCCACAUGCUGCCCUUCCAUGUAUUUGACACAGCAGACUACAUCCGACCAAUCAGUUUCUCCCUGAACUUCAAAAUCAAUGACACAGAUAGUGGCCCAGUGCUCGAUGAAGGCUGGCCAACCACACUUAAACAAACUAUUCCAUUUUAUAAAGACUGUGGCGAAGAUGAUGUGUGUGUUACAAACCUGGUUUUGCAAGCUCACAUGGACGUCAAAGGUACAAGGCAGCAGCCUUAUGUGAUCCGCAGUCCUCGAAGACGCCUGGCUGUGGAGGUUCAGCUUCACAACCAGUUAGAGAAUGCCUAUAACACCAGCCUCAUUAUUUAUUACUCCAAAAACCUACACUUUAGCAGCCUGAGUAUACGAGAGGAUGGCCAAUUUAAAAUUGAGUGCACUGGAUUGAGUCCCAACAUUCACUCAUGCAAUGUCAGCUAUCCAGUCUUUCGCUCUGGGUCUAUGGUGAACUUUAUGUUGGAAUUUGAAUAUAGUUGCACAUCUCUUAUCAGUAAAGUUCAACUGAAGAUUGUAGCAACAAGUGACAGUGUUGAGCAAGAGAACACUCUGUCAGACAACACCGUUCAGUUACAGAGCAUAGUUCAGUAUGAGCCUGAUCUCUUCAUCACCAGUGGUUCGAAUCUAAACCGCUAUGAGGUCCAUCCAACCAGAACUGUAUCAGAGGGGACAGGCCCUGAAUUUUACACAAACUUCAAGGUACAGAAUCUAGGCUGUUACACGGUCAACAAUCUGGAGCUGAGUGUUAGUUUACCCUCUGUAGCUGGUGCAGACAGAGCUUUCGCUUCUGUAGUUGAGGCUUUCUCUCACAAUAGCUCUGGUGUGAACUGCAGUAUUAAGAGCGAAUUAGCGCAGCUGAAAGCUGCACAGAGACACGUGCGUCCGCUACAUCCUGAUGACAUGAAGAAAAAUGAAUUUUUAAACUGCAGCUCUUCUUGGUGUGUGGAGGUCACGUGUCAUAUCCACCAGCUGCUGAAGGGACAAGCAGCUGUUAUUCGCAUCACUAGAAGGGUGCAUGACAGCUUCUUCAGACAGGCUAUGUUCAAAACUGUGAUGAUCGUUGGCUCCUACAACCUGUCAGCUCAGGAGUCUAAUCUGCUCACACUGGGUAAUGCUGGUCUUUGGAGGGAGACUGUGCUGGAGGUAUUGAAGGGUCGUUCGAUUCCAAUUUCUCUGUGGAUCCUAAUUGGCAGUAUCAUCGGAGGGUUGCUUCUGCUAGCACUUAUCAUUUUCAUACUUUGGAAGCUGGGCUUUUUCACAAGAAAACAGAUUAUAGAUGACGAGGACCAUGAGGACUGAGUUUCACUUCCACUGAAGCACUGACUUGAUGGGUCUAAUAUGGUGAUCUAAUAGUGCACAGUGUAAAAAAAAAUGGACUCCUUUCCUUCCUCUGGGAGCAGAACAUUUACCUAUUAUACCUGCUCAAUGUCUCGGAGAGAAAUGAGCGCUGAAAACAGUAUUGGAUUACAGGAAGCAGAAAUGUCUUGAGUGUGAGCACUAUGUGAAUAAAGCAGGCAAUGAGUUGAGAAUUUUAGCUCUGCUGAGAAGUCAAAUGAAAGAUCUCAAGCAGGCUUCCUGGGGCACUGUAAUGAAUGAGCUUAAUAUAGCUACACUGAGGCACUGCUAAUACCAGGCUGUAUUUGGAUUGCAGAGGCGGGUGGGGAGGGUGAGGAAGUGCAAUGAAGUGCACUAUUCAGACAUAUGGUGCAAGAGGUGUAAUUCAAAUCAUAUUUGCUGUGUUUAUCUGCAUACAAAAACGUU